AUGGCCGCACAUGGGACACCAUAUUGCGGGAGCACACAUCAUCUGACCGGAAAACGUGGCCAUAUAUGGAGCGUAACGGAUGUGACGUCAGACCAAUGCGAGUGGGACAUCAGAGCUGAUCCUGACAGGAUUAUACUGAUCAACUUCGACACCUCCGGAUUCCGGCGAGGCUCAGACAACUGCACUUCUGACGUUCUCACGUUUCAUGACGGAGACUCUUCAGCCUUCAGAAUCACCGAUGAGUUCUGCGGAGACCAGACAACUGACGCAGGCCGUCUGCACCUGUCCACCGCCAGUACGGGGAGUCAGAUGCACGUUGUGUACAGCCGCGGGGCAAUGGCUCUGCAGAGAACUGACUUCAACAUUACCUUUACUACAAGAGGCAACAGCUGGCCGGGGUCUGGGCGGCUGCUCUAA